AAGAUACCAGUUCACUCUAACUACUCAUUUGAGUGUUAGAGUAGAAAAAGGCAACUUCAACACUUGUUCAGAGACUCAGAACUCAUAAUAAAUCAACCAUCAUCUUUACUCAGGGGCCACUUAUAUAAAAAUCUCAGAAUCACACAUGCAUCAUCGAGGCAGCACAUAUUCAGAGACCAUUUAUAUCAAAAUCUCAGAAUCAUAGAUUCAUAUAAUCAUAUAUUCAUAUGCAUGACCAAAGCAUCAUAGAUUAACAGGUAGUUCAGGGUAUCAGGGUCCGAAUCUAGGGUUUCAAGCUUCCACCAAAACAGAUUCAUAUACAACUAAUUCAUAGAAAGGGUAUCAGGGUCCGAAUCUAGUGCAUCAAAAUAAUACAACUAAUUCAUAUACAAAACAGAUAACACAUCACACUUAUGGAUCAUGCUUCCACCAAACCACCAACCAUACAGUUUAGGUAUUUAACGUUUAUACCUCAGUAAGAGAGACCGAGAGAGUGAGAGAUCGAGAGUACAAGCUUCCACGGGAGUCCGGAGGUACAAAUACACUACAGAGGUCGGACCUACGACGGAGAGUUGACAGGGAUGGUUAGAGAGAAGUCGCAGACUCGCAGUACGAGAGAUCGAGAGAGGGAGUUGCGAGUGAAGACUGAAGAGUGGAGGCGCUGGAGUGUUAGGCAGUUAGGGUUAGGGUUAGUGAUAAAUAAAUAGUAUAUAUAGUAUUGGUAGUUCGGGUAUUCGGGCGGGUCGGGUAGGGAUUUAUAAUACCCUACCCGUAACCCAUAACCCUUAAAACAUGGGCUGGGCUUUUCGGUUCGGGUUUUCGGGUUCGGGUCAACCGACCCAAUCAGCUAGAAGAGGGCAGACCCGAUCGGGUUUUCGGGUGGGUUCGGGUUAUGCUCACCCCUACUCCUCAUCAUCAUUGAUUUCCUCAUAUCACGAUCGGCCCCUUGGCCUCAACGUGAUUAUCUAUCUCAAGACCGGUUUCCUCAGCGUCAAGUGUCUUGAGCUAGUGAUCGGGCUCGUUAUUCCCUUCCCGGAUAAGCGACCGUUGCCUUUAUAUGACGAUCGGCUUCAUCAUCACUUUGUCAUCAUAUAUUGGACCGACUCAUCAUCGUCGUCGUCCUCACAUAACGACCAGCCCCUCGGCUAUGGCGUGAUGCUCCAUCUCAAGACCGGCUUCCUCAGCGCCGAGAGUCUUGAGCUAGCGACUGGGCUCGCUAUUCCCUUCCCGGAUAAGCGACCAUCACCUUUAUAUGACGAUCGGCUUCAUCAUCGCCUCAUCAUCAUAUAUUGGACCGACUCAUCAUCGUUGUCGUCCUCACAUCACGACCAGCCCCUCGGCUUUGGCAUGAUGCUCUAUCUCAAGACCAACUUCCUCAGCACCGAGAGUCUUGAGCUAGCGACUGGGCUGGCUAUUCCCUUCCCGGAUAAGCAACCGUCGCCUUUAUAUGACGAUCAGCUUCAUCAUCGCCUCGACAUCAUUUAUUGGACCAGCUUCUCGUCGCCGUCAUCCUCACAUCAUGACCAGUCCCUCGGCUAUGGCGUGAUGCUCUAUCUCAAGUCCGGCUUCCUCAGUGCCGAGAGUCUUGAGCUAGCGAUCGGGCUCACCAUCAUUUCCUGGAUGGUGACCAUCGCCUCUAUAUGACGGACGGCUCAUCAUCACCCCGUCAUCAUAUUAUUGGACUGGAUCAUCAUCGACGUGGUCCUCACAUCACGACGACUCCCUCGGCUAUGGUGUGAUGCUCUAUCUCAAGACCACCUUCCUCAGCGCCGAGAGUCUUGAGCUAUUGAUAGGGCUCGCCAUCACUUCUUGGAUGGUGACCAUCGUCUUUAUAUGACGGUCGACUCAUCAUUGCCCCGUCGUCAUAUUAUUGGACCGGCUCAUCAUCACCGUCAUCCUCACAUCACGAUCAGCCCCUCAGCUAUGGCGUGAUGCUCUAUCUCAAGGUCAGCUUCCUCAGCGUCGAGAGUCUUGAGCUAGAGAUCAGGCUCACCAUCCCUUCUUGGAUGGUGACCAUCACCUCUAUAUGAUGACCAGCUCAUCAUCGCCACGUCAUCAUAUUAUUGGACUGGCUCAUCAUCGCCAUCGUCCUCACAUCACGACCAGCCCCUUGGUUAUGACGUGAUGCUCUAUCUCACGACCGUCUUUCUCAGCGCCGGGAGUCUUGAGCUAGUGAUUGGGCCCGCUAUUCCGUUCCCGGGUAUGCGACUGUCGCCUUCAUAUGACAAACAACUUAUAUUCGCCUCGUCAUCAUAUUCGGACCGGCCUCAGCGCCGAAGUCUUUAUCUAGCGACUGGACUCGCCAUUCCCUUCCUAAAUAGUGACCGUUGCCUUCAUAUGAUGAACGACUUUCCAUCGCCUCGUCAUCAUAUUUCGGAUUGGCUCCUUCUCAUCGUCGUCUGCACAUCACGACCAGCCCCUCGGCCUCGGCGUGAUUAUUUAUCUCAAGAGUAGCUCCCAGCGCUGAAGUCUUGUUAUAGCGAUUGGGCUCGCUACUCCCUUCCCAGACAAGCGAUCAUCGCCUUCAUAUUCGGACCGACUCAUCAGUGUCGUCGUCCUCAUAUUCAGACAGGCGUCCAUCGCCUCGUCCUCAUAUUCAGACAGGUGUCCAUCGCCUCGUCCUCAUAUUCAGACCGACUCAUCAGUGCUGUCAUCCUCAUAUUCCGACAGGCGUCCACCGCUUCGUCCUCAUAUUCGGACCGACUCAUCAGUGCCAUCGUCCUCAUAUUCAACCAGGCGUCCAUCAUCUCGUCCUCAUAUUCAGAUAUAGCGAACAUCUUGCGGUCUCCAAUUGAAAGGCUAAAAGAACCCAGAGUUCAGCCACAGGCCUAAUCAGCCAUAUACCGCCCCAUCAUCAUUAUUUGAUGACGUGAAGCUCAUUUGUAGGCCCAUCGGCCACGUACCGCCCCAUCAUCUUUAUUUGAUGACGUGAGGCUCAUUUACAGGCCCAUCGGCCACAUAUCGCUCCGUCAUCUUUAUUUGAUGGCGUGAAGCUCAUUUACGGGCCCAUCGGCCAAAUAUAGCUCCGUCAUCUUUAUUUGAUGACACGAAACUCAUUUACAGGCCCAAUCGGCCAUAUAUCGCUCCGUCAUCUUUAUUUGAUGACGCGAAGCUCAUUUACAUGCCAUCGGCUGCAUAUCGCUUCGUCAUCUUUAUUUGAUGACGCGAAGCUCAUUUACGGGCCCAUCGGCCAUAUAUCGCUCUGUCAUCUUUAUUUGAUGAUGCAAAGCUCAUUUAUGGGGUCAUCGACCAUACAUCACCCCAUCAUCUUUAUUUUAUGAUUUGGAGCUCUCAUACAGGCCCCUCGGCCAUACAUCGCUCAAUCAUCUUUAUUUGAUGACGUGGAUAUCUCAUAUAGGCUCAUCGGCCAUAUAUCGACCCGUCAUCUUUAUGUGAUGACGUGGAUCUCAUACAGGUCCCACGGUCAUAUAUCUACUAGUCAUCUUUGCUUGAUGACUUGGACAUCACAUUAUGGACGGUCACUCAACCUAUCUCUUAGUCAUCUUUAUUUGAUGACUGGGACUACUUAUCAUGCCGAGCUACUCACAUCUGGAGACUAGUCUCGGCCAUCGCCUCAGGAGACGGACACCGCUGCAGCUCCACACCUAAGCCGAAGGGCUCACCCCUUUUGCUUCAUUUUGGAGGCAUCCGGUGUACUCUUUUUCCCUCAUUAGGAUUUUUUCCCACUGGGGUUUUUCUAAUGAGGUUUUUAACGAGGCAUCUCCCCAUUGUGGAUCAAAAGGUGUCGACCCUCAGCCCCUAUUGAAGACAUGUGUUACUCUACUCCUUUUCACCUCAUUACAAGUGCCUCAUGGAGUGGGGGACUGGAAGAGCGGGAGACUUAACGCCUCUGUUGAUCGAAGAAGCACAAUUUCAAAAUUUUUCAUGAAGUUUACUCACCAGACGACGACAGAUCCGCACACAGUUCUACUCGAUCCCUUUCGCCUCGAGUACUCUCGACUCAGGGAGUGGGGGACUCCUGAUAGAUUAUAUGGACUCAGACCCCCGAUCUCAUGACUAUUGGGCUCGGACAGCAGCUCACGUACGCUUAGUAGAUAUCAUUUAUCUCAUUGUACACUCUAUUUAUUCAUGUAUACCCAUUAGAAUAGAUUGAAUAUCAUUUAUUAGCCAUUUAUUGGCCCUUUAUUGUAAUUGGGCCUGUCAGGCCCAAGCCUGAAAGCCCAGCCCACUUUUCUCCUAUAAAUACUCCCUAUGGGAGCCAUGUAAAGGGUUGGAAAAUUAUUUAUACAUAUUACUUUAUCUCUCUAGCUCUCCCUUCUCUCUAGAUUAUAAUCUAUCAAAUAGGAGUUUAAAGUUUAAACUCUCAAAAUAGGACUAACUCUUCCUAUUCUACCAUUUUUCUUGUCCUUCCUAAUAGGAUUUCUUAAAUAAUCAUUAUAAAACAUAAUAAAAUUAAAAUUAAAAUUAAAAAUUGUAAAAAACAAAUAAAAACAAUACAGACCUCAACCACCGCCUCAGCCACCUUCUAGCACCGCCACCUUCGAUCGUCGGAAAAGAUUGCCAAGUUGGGAAAAAAUGUCAUCGUGAUGACAAUUUUGAAAAGAAAGGUGGAUAUUUUCAAAUUGUAUCGGUGGUGCUUGGAGGUGGGGGUUGUGGAGGUGGUAGCCUACAUAUUUUUUAAUAUUUUUUUAUUUUAUUUUUUAGAUUUUUUUAGUUGUUUAUAUAUAUAUAUAUAUUAUUUUAUUUUUUUAAUUUUUUAUUCUGUCCCUUUUUUAUUAUUUUAUAAAUCUGUUAUGAUUUUUUAUGUUUUUAUUAUAAAUAAAAUUAUGAUUUUUGUUGUUAUUAAAUAAAUCUAUUAGAAAUUAUAGCUUGUGGGUGGAAUAAGAAUAAAAGAAGUAUAGUCAUAAUGUGGAAUUUUGGGUUACUUUUAGUCCUGUUUAUGGCUAAUACUCGUAUAUUUAACUCAAAUUUAAGAUCCAAAUAAAUUGAAAAUAUUUUUUUGUGUAACUAAUAAAUGAUAUUGAUGGAGUAUAUGACCCAUGAAACCCCGACCCACAUACUUCCAAUACUACGAUCAGACCCAACAUACAGGCCCAGGUUGGCCCAAGCACGGCAAACAAGACUCCGCGCAGCCCAUACUACGCAAGGUGUGCCUUCGGCCCCAUGCCCGAAGGCUCUAUACUAAACAAAUGAUUGAACCUGGUCCAGAAAAUCGCUUGGGAACAAGGCUUGAAUAGCGAGCCUUCGGCAUUUACAGCCUUCGGCACAUGAUGCCCCCGGGUGUGUAUAGCCUUCGGGACAUGAAUGCCCUAGUACGCACAGCCGAAGGCGCUUUUCCCGACAAGAUCUCCUCUCCACAUGCGCUGAAUCACCGCAUUAAAUGCAACGUCACACCCAACCCACCGCAUUGAAUGCGGCCACAUACGCAUGUCGGCACCACCUUGGGUGAUUUGACCCCCCAUCUGUUGGCUGCUUGACAUGUGCCCUUUCGAUUAUUGCCCCUAGCAUUUAUGGGUGCUAUAAAUAGUAGUCAUUUUCCAUUGUAAUGACAACACAACAGAUAUAUCGAAUAUAUACUCACUCUCUCUCUCUUACUUGCUCUGACCUCUCUCUUGAUAUUUCUUAUAAUAUCUCUCGGCUAAGUUACCCCCGGGUACACUAUCCAUCAGAUAUGUAAUUCCAAUCACAUCUUUUCAGACUCAAUAUUAAAACAUAUUCCGUAACUAUUUAUUUGCAACUUAAAUUAGUUAUAGCUACAUAUUUCAUUCGUUUCUUACAUUUUUUAUUAAACUAUUGAUUGUCCAAUUAAUAUUUGUAUCUGAAAAUGGUGUGAUAGUAUAUUAUAGGAGAAUUUGCUCCACUGACCGAAUUUUCUGGAUACACCAAUGUACGUAACACACAUAGAUAUAGGGUAUAAAAAGGACACUUUCCAUUCCCUUGCAAAUAUAGGAAGGUACACCUGCAAUCAGUAAAUCUUAAUAAAAAAAUGUGCCUAGGAGCGAAGAAUUAAAAUGGGUCUAAUCUUUUUUUGAAAAGAAAAACCGCUUAUAUUAAUAUCAUUGGGAUUCUGGUCGUUAUAACAAACUCAAAGACACCAACACUGACAACAACUAUCUGUAACCAACCAGCACUAUCAACCAUACAGUUAGACAUGGAAACGAUCACCCCUGAAAGAGCAAUAUGAAUCGCUAACCACCAAACAGGUGUGAUGCAGCAAUCAUUGACCAUAUAGAUCUUUCCAACGACAUAAUAUCUAGCAAAAUUGUCAAUCAUUAUUGUAGACCUAAAACUAAACAUCAACAAAAAACAUAAAACAUAAACAAACAUAACGCGAAAGUAAGAUCAUAUAUAAAAAAUUAAAAAAAACCGAUAAAUACUUCAAGCUCCUUUCUAUUAGUAUUAUGAAAGUAUCAAGUUGCAAAGCCUAGCAUCUCGAUCACUCUAGGAAGGCAGUUCAUGAGGGGGGCGGACCGACAAUCUGUCUUCUCCGUUACUGAGGAAUCGAUCCAGAAAUCGUCUCACUCGAGCACCCCCAUUCGCUCCACCCCUGAGAUGAAAUCCAUCAAAAGAGGACCCAAACCAGUACACCCUUCCAUUUGUCUCAUGCUUCCAAUGCGGUCCCCCCACCCCACACCCCCUUGAUGGUCAAGUUGAGUAGAACUAACCAAAUGAUUUUCCAAUCGAAUGUAACAAUCAGGGACGGAACUGCCGGGGGGCAAGGGGGGCCGAUGCCCCUGCUUCGGCCGCCGGAGAUAUGGGGGUAUGGGGGCCGCCGGUGGUCUGCGUUGAGAUUUCCGGUGAAUUGCCAGGACUGGAACCGUUCUGUGCUGCGACUGAGUGAGGAGGAAGGACUUUUUUUAAUUUAACAAAACUACGUCGUUUUGUAUUGGGUUGGGAAUAAAAAAAUUGGGCCAAUCGGGAUUGGCCCAGCCCAGCCGCCUGCAGCCCAUAACUAAAACGUUUUUGCCUAAUUCCUAAACUAAUCGUCAAAGCAGGGGCGAGGAACGCGAGGCGCAAGCGAGCAGACCAACUGACCAAUUAGAGUCUCCCAUUUUUUGAAAUUAUUGAUAAAAAUGCCCCGCUUUUUUAUUCAGAUACCAUCACUUUUGCAUUGGAGUAUAAUGGGCGAGUCUUUGAAUAAGGACUCCGACGUUUGAAAAAAUACUCUGCCAAUAUUGAUGUUCUCUACAUCCCUACAUCGUCAUUAAAAUACACAUAAUAUAAUUUUAUGUAUUCGUUUAGUAAAAUAUCAAUUAAAUUAUUAUAAGUGAAUCUUUUUACGGAUUUCCCCCCUAGAUAAUUAUGAAAUAAAAAUGCACAGUUCAAUGUAAAACUUUAGGCAUAAAAACUCAUGAAGUUGGAAUUUCAGUUUUUCUUUUAAAAAUUUAUUUAUGUCAUAUUGAUGUCAUAUGAAAGAUCAUUAAAAUGUAUGAAAUUUGAUAUAGUUUUUCUUUUUCUUUGAGGAUCCAUACUCGCGCAGAAAUCUUCCCCUCAUUUCCUCCACCCCCAUAUACUUUUUCAUUUUAGUAGUGCUUGUUAUACACCUCAAGUUACACUUUGAUAGAAAAUUAAUCAUCAUAUUUAACCAAGGUCAAAUAACAUCACUCAAUAGGUCAUGAUGGUAAAUUCAUAGGGGCUUACUUGAAGAAUAUUCAAUGUUCAUUUAGAAGAGUUUGGAUGAAGAUGAUGUCAUUGCUUUGAAGAGAUGUAUGUGUAAUCACGUAUAGGACAAAUGAUAGAUGGAGUAUAUUUUAAGAGUUGUGUUGCUUUCCACUUGAUGGUGUUGUACAUACCUGUGUCUGGUUAAGGAAGGGGAGAAGUAGUAUCUAUCGGUGAAUAACCAAUAAUCACAACCUUUCAUAUUUUGCUCUAAAUGGUGUAACCAUAAUGGUGCCAUUUAAGUAUUAUUUCUAUCAAAUAAUACAUGUAUAUGUAAUACAUAAAUAAUAAAUGUGUCUAUUUUUAGGCUUGAUUAUAGAACACAUAUUAAUAUUGAUCCUUAGGCCAUAUUAAUUGGAAAGGGAAAAGAGUCAGAUAAGUCCUCGAACUUACAUAAAAAAGUCAAAUAAUUC